CGGAAGUCUACGGUGGCGGAACACCUCACACUCGGAGCACUUCAGGCUGGCCGACCGGUGGUCGCCCCUCAUCACCGCGCCCCCCGAGGCCCCGGCAGCAGGGCUUGGGUUUCCCCAGGCUCCGGUUCCUCUCUCGCCGGUCUUUCAAACUCAGGACAGAAGCCACAGAAAGGUGAUCACCCCUAAUCCCAGCCGGCUUCCUGGCCUGGGCGUUUUCUAGCCGCCCAGGCAGAGUCAGUGCCCUCUCCUGUCGCCACCUCUCCAGACAAGGAUUAGCGAGUACCCACUAGUGGCCUGCUCGGCAAAGUCUCCUGUCCUCCCAUUCGAGAACAAGUUUAUUUUCCCUCUGCAUUGGGAAUCUUGUCCCAGAGAUCUCUUCCAGGCUUCUGGAGCACUCUUAGAAAUACUGACUGCCUACAGGGCUAAGAAUCUUGUUCUUGACUUAGUAGGUUGUUUUAUUUUCCUUUUGGCAGGUAAUAGUUGGUCCAGGAAUUUAUUCAUUUGGAUCACCAGUUCCUUGGCCAUCUCUAUGUAACUCCCCCCCAUCUGAGUCCAGUUUCCUCUGGGCUCCAUUCUCCAUCCCCCAGUAGAUCUGGUCAGUCCUACCUCUGGGUGGGAGUGAUCAGGGGGCUCUGGCCCAGGAUUUCCAACCCUGGAAGGCAGUUCCAAGGCAUCGAGAGAGUUGGGCGUCGGGUACGAACCUGGCAGCUCAGGAGUGGGCCCUCCACUCACCCCCCACAAAAAGAUGAAAAAACGCAAAGAACUUAAUGCGUUGAUCGGCCUGGCUGGUGAUAGUCGAAGAAAGAAGCCCAAAAAAGGCCCAAGCAGCCACCGCCUGCUUCGCACUGAACCUCCUGACUCAGACUCAGAGUCCAGCUCAGAGGAAGAAGAAGAAUUUGGAGCAAUUGGAAAUCGCUCUCGUUUUGUCAAGGGAGACUACUUACGAUGCUGCAAGAUCUGCUAUCCCCUGUGUGCUUUUGUCAUCCUCGCCGCCUGUGUCGUGGCCUGCGUUGGCUUGGUGUGGAUGCAAGUGGCUCUCAAGGAGGAUCUGGAUGCCCUCAAGGAAAAAUUUAGAGCAAUGGAAUCUAACCAGAAAAGCUCAUUCCAGGAAAUCCCCAAACUUAAUGAGGAACUUCUCAGCAAACAGAAACAACUUGAGAAGAUUGAAUCUGGGGAGCUGGGCUUGAGCAGAGUCUGGAUCAACAUCACAGAAAUGAAUAAGCAGAUUUCUCUGUUGAGUUCUGCAGUAAAUCACCUGAAAGCCAAUGUCAAGUCGGCUGCAGACUUACUUGGCCUGCCUAGCACUGUAGAGGGACUUCAGAAGAGUGUAGCUUCCAUUGGCAAUACUUUAAAUAGUGUCCAUCUUGCUGUGGAGGCAAUACAGAGAACUGUGGAUGAACACAAGAAAACCUUGGAAUUACUGCAGAGCAAUAUGGAGAUCAAUGGAAGCAACAAAGAGCUUGAUAAUAAAACCAACAGUGAAAGUUCAAAACAGGAUAUCCUGUACCUUCACAACUCCUUAGAGGAGAUCAACAGUACUGUAGUGGGAUACCAGAGACAGAGUAACCUUAAAUUUGAGGGGAUGAACGAGACACUCAGUAACCUGACACAGAGACUCAGCCUGAUGGAAAGUGAUGUGGCUGCACUGAACAAGGCAGAAAAAAGAGCAAACCUGACCUCCAGCAGGAAAGAAGAUAAUUCAAAUUCUCAGGUAUCCAAGCUUCGAGAAAAACUGCAGCUGAUCAGUGCUCUCACAAACAAACCUGAAAGCAACAGGCCUCCAGAGACUGCAGAGGAAGAGCAAGUACAGAACUUCACAUCAGAUCCAUCAACAUUGCCAAAAUUUUCAUACUUUCUUGGAAACCAAAUGGAGACCCAGCUAAAACCUAUCUCCUUGCCAGGGAUUUCUAGCAUCAAAGAUCUUCAGGAGUUAUUCCACAAGGCUGGUCAAGAUAUGGAUGGGAUGCUGACCUACCAGGAAAUCUGGAAUUCCCUAGGUUCUGCCAUGCCAAGACCAGAGAGCUUGAGAGCCUUUGAUUCCAAUGGAGAUGGGAGAUACUCCUUCCAAGAGCUAAGAGUAGCAUUAGGUAUCUAGUAUUGUCAGGCAUAUUUUGAAAUGGAUGUGUACCCUGGACUACCUAAAAUCUACUUACCUAAAAAAAAAAAAAAACUUUUGUCUUAACCCAUCAACCCUCCAGCCCUUCACACAACUGUAGCAGACACAUUGCCACCUUUUAACACUUGUUAAAUGCUAUCUGGAAAAAAAAAGUUAUUUUUUUAAAAAAAAAAUUACUUAUAAUAUGAUGUUGUUUGGAAAUCUAUGAUUUCCUGAAGCCAGUAAGAUCUUGUAAUUUAAAAGUUGCCAGGAGAAAAUUAAAGCCCUUUAUCUCUUUCCUGUUUUGAGGGGAAGAGAACUUAUCUUUUGAAGCUGGAAAAUGUGUAUAUAGAGAUAAUAAGUCACUGUUUAUACUUCAUAUGAAUUUGCCUUAAAUUAGCUGCACUUUAUAGAGCCUCAGAAUAUGUCUUUUCUUUGAAAGGUGAGUCUUUUCUGUUUGUAAAUAUAUAAAAUGAAAGAUUGUGCAUAUUGUGUAGAAAGUCAGGAGAAUGGCUUUUAACAGGAUGAACAAGUGACUUGGGAGUAGUUGACAGUCUGCUCUGGGUGGUAGCUGAAACUGUCCUCAUCUCUUUAAGGCAACCCUUAAAACCAUAGGGUUUGCUUGGCCUGGGAGCUAUGCCAUCAUGUCAGGGAGUGGAUGCUGUGCGGAAGGUGCCAGCUCCGGGCUCAGGAAAGUCAGAUUCAGGGGCAUUGCUCCAAUUCCUAACAUAAAAACCAGAGAAGUCUCGUUGUGAUUUCCCUCAUUUUUAAUUAUCUUUCAAGGUUUGAGCAUUAAAGUUAUUCAGGGGGGAAUUAUGUUUUCCCGUCAAGCAAGCCAGAUUGUCUUUUCUACCUUAAAGUUGUGACUGCCUGCCUUUGGCACCAUCUCCAAUCUGGAAUGAGAAGGUUCAUGUCCUUGGUCACUGUGUCAAAUUAGUUGUGAGUUUUGACCCUUUGGGAUUUUACCUCUGGACUAACCAAGAACUUGUUUUAUUUCUUGGCAGGAGGUCCAAGUCAAAAUGUGGUCAAAUGAAAUGUGAAAUCAUAUUCUUUCCACACAGUUGUCCACUCAGAAGUAGCUAUAGGUUUUCUGUUCAGAGGAUGCCAUAGUGAGCAGGCAGGCUUGGAGCAGGGGCCUUCCGGUGAUGGUGGACCUAAAAAGCAAGUCCAGUGCUUCCCCCUUUACGUACUUUGUGGGCAAGUCAUGAAAGGUCUGACUAGAAGGAAAUCACCAAUGUCACUACAUGUUGAGAACACUUCCAGUGUUGUUCUUAGGCGUCUCUGGGCGACAUGAGUGGAAGACCACACAGAACCUCACUUGGCGGAGCCAGUCAGGGAAACACUGGAGAAGCUGUGGUUCAGGCUUCUUUAGUAUAGAUCAUUCCUGUUUAAUUUUGUUCAAGUUGCCCUGUCAGCUGUGGAUAGUCUAGUACCCUUAAACCUUUAAAGCUGUUUGUUUUUCAGGUUGUUUUGUUUUUGUAUUUUAUUUCCUUUACAUGACAUUCAGCUUGGUGUUAGCUUUUUUUUUUUCCUAGACAUACUAAAACUCAGCGAAGGCACUCAGUGCUCAUGUUUUCUUAUCUCACGGUUCUCCCUCUUUAAAUUUUUUGCCUUAAUGUUUGCCUUGCCCAUCUAUGCUGUCACUUUCUUGGAAAGGUUGAAAAUACACUUCAACAUUAUCCUGGCACUUUAGGUAACUUGAAAGUAACUCUUGUUCUUCUGGCUGCCUUCUGUACGCCCCCUCUUUUUAAUAUAUAGAUAUAUGCCAGUACAGAUUUUGUAACAACCAAAUAAAGUUCUAGCAAUAAAUUGAAUUAUUCUGCUAUAUUUGUAUAUAUUGUACCAUAAAUAGUAUGUCUGUACCUGGAAGGUAUUUUUUUUUUGAGAACUGAUUUAUAUGAAAUAUACUGAGGGUAAUGUAGCUUGUCCUUUUUAGUUUCAAGUUUUUAUUUGUAGGCAGAUACUUUCCUGACACCUUAACUCUUUGUGCUUUUCAUUGGGGAAACAGGGUUUAUUUCUUGGUCUUUCAUCUGUUCUUUCCCCAUCAAGCUUGUCUGCCAGCAUCCCCCUGAGCCAUGUAUUGUCCCCUCCCCUACCAAGUUGACCACAGGUAUCCAUAAAUGUCCCCUGACCUAUGACCCCCCCUUCUCAUCCUGCCUGAGGCAUUACCAGAUCUCCUGGGCAGAGAGGUAGGUAUCUUAUCCUCCUUUGCUAAAAAUUGGACAGACUGACUGGCUGAGGAGCCACAAAAGCCUAUCACUCAGUGCAGAUUGGGGUUUUCAUUUGUACAUUGUCUUAACUUGUGCAUCCAGUGCCUUGUGUUAGUCAAACUUCACCAGCCACAGACCACCUCUGAGAAGAACAAGAUGGUGGUGAGGAGUUUGACUUUGGGUUUAAAUCCUUUGGCCUUGUCAAUCAGCAGCUCUCGAGUGUUUCCCACCUUAGUUUCUUAAAGCAUUGCUCCUUGGCCCUUUGCUGUGUACCAUCUAGCAUAAUAUAUACUGAAUAACCUUCCUCAAGCUAGUCAUGAUAGUACAUGCCUAUAAUCCAGCCCUUGGAAGGCUAAUGCAGGAAAAUAAUGAGCUCUAGUCCAGUCCGGGUUACAUAGUGAAAUCUUGUCUCUGAAAAAGUACCUAGCUUAAAGAUGGCUUCAGUGGCAUUUAAGGAGCAGAACAAUGCUUGCACUUAAAAAUAAGUGGAAUACAAAAGAGCCAAGGAGUGGACAGUCUUAUUUCACUGCUGGCUCCUUUCCCUUCCAUUGCAGUUCUUUUUGUUGCUGGACACAGCUCUGUCAGCCCCCCUUUCUGGCCCCAGCGUCACAGUUGAAGAUUUUGACUGUGAUGGGUUCACACUCAUAAUGGCCUAUUGAGUUGUUUUUAGUGACAGCUUUUGUUUGCUACACACCUCAUUGGCUUGCUUACCAGCCAUCUAGAUAUGGUCCCUUUUCUCACAGUCAAGCCAGAAUACAUUUGGGUAUUCCUGAGACUUGAAAGAGCAUGUAUUGUUUGUUAUAUGAACCUAACCUACCUUGUUGUUUUUCUCAUAUUAAGAAAUGUAAAUCUACUUUAUAUUAAUGGAGCUAUUUUGGUAAUGUAUAAGCAAUUUUGGUUCUGUUUUGGGAGUGGAUUCAAGGUUUCCAUGACUUCAUCUGUGCUUUACUGGUUUCCUAUCAAUAUAGCCAUUUUAACUUAUCUAAAUAAAACAUUUCCUUUCUCUCA